UUCUUCUCGCUCCUGCAACUGUCCCGACUGAGCGUCCAGUGAUUGUUUACAGUGACAAGGGUUGAAGUACGACCUGGUGGUUUUCUUAAGUUCUUUUGAAAGGAUAGCUGGUUCGUUUGAUUGGGUGUCGUGGUGGAUACGUCACUCUGGCCUUUCCGGAGAUUUGCCCCGCGCGCUUUGGUUGUUUGACUUGGAUGGUAUCUGGUGAGGUGGGGAGUUAUGGCUUUGAGGGCGAGGCAGAAGAUUCGCGCUCCGCGUAGGGGCCUGACAGUCACCAAGACGGACGAUUUCGAGACAAAUUGGAAAGACUUGUCGACGUCGUUGAGGAAAAUUCACACCAAAGAUGCAUCCAACUUGUCCUUCGAGCAGUUAUACCGCAACUCAUACAAUAUUGUGCUGAUGAUGCGUGGAGAGGAACUAUACGAGCGGAUAAAAGUGCUGGAACGAGAAUGGUUGGAAGAAGAGGUGCAGAAGCGCGUGACGGCGUCGAUUUCGCCCAGUUUACUGCUGGCGACGCAUGUCGAUGUGCAAGAUCAGGCGAAUGAACGACGAGAGGCGGGAGAAAGGUUCCUCGCGGUGCUGAAGGAGGCGUGGGAGGAUCAUCAGCUUUGCAUGGGGAUGAUUACGGAUGUGCUUAUGUACAUGGACCGAGUCAUGUCGACGGACCACCGAAAACCAUCGAUUUAUGUUGUUGUCAUGGCAUUGUUUCGAGACCAUGUGCUUCGUUCGCCUAUCAGGCCGGAUACCAAGACGACCGUGUACGAUGUGCUCGAAUCGACCGUGCUGUUCAUGAUACAAUUGGAGAGAUCGGGGCACAUUAUCGACCGGCCACUGAUCAGGCAUUGCAUUUAUAUGCUCGAGGGUCUUUACGAGACGAUCACCGAGGAGGAGUCCUCGAAACUCUACCUGACUGUCUUUGAACCGGCAUUCCUGGAAGCCAGCAGGAAAUUCUACCAGGCCGAGGGACGGCGACUACUAGAGACCGGAGAUGCCGCCACAUUCUGCAAGAGUGCCAUGGAUCGUCUGUCAGAGGAGACUGAACGGUGUAUCGACACGCUGUCGUCGCUCACGGAGGCCAAGAUCAAAGACGUCCUGGAUAAUGAGCUGAUCAAGAACAACAUCGCCGAGGUGGUCAAGCUCGAAGGCACUGGGGCCAGGAACAUGCUGGACAAUGAUCGGAUAGACAACUUGCGAAGUAUCUACGUGCUCAGUGCGCGGGUCGACAGCAAAAAGACACCGCUCACGACUGCUGUGCAAAAGCGGAUUGUCGAGAUGGGCAGAGAAGUCAACGCCUCGGCGAUUGCAUCCGCAGCGCCCAGCAAGAAACCUGAAGCGGGCGAAAAGAAGCCCAGUGAGAAGGAGAAGCCGGUGAAUCUGCAGACGGUAGCUGCGAUCAAGUGGGUGGAUGACAUCCUCGCCCUCAAGGCAAAGUUCGACAAUAUCUGGCAGAAUGCGUUCCAGUGCGAUCAAGUCAUGCAAAGCGCUAUCACGAGCAGCUUCUCCGAGUUCAUCAACCUGUCCCAGGGUGCGGCUGACUCGCGCAGCUCGGAGUACCUGUCCCUUUUCUUCGAUGAGAACCUGAAGAAGGGCAUCAAGGGCAAGACGGAUAGUGAGGUUGACACAUUGCUGGACAACGGCAUCACUCUGCUGCGGUAUAUCAAAGAUAAGGACAUGUUUGAAGCAUAUUACAAGAAACAUCUAUCCCGUCGUCUGCUGAUGAAGCGCUCCGUGAGCAUGGACGCAGAGCGACAGAUGAUCUCGAAAAUGAAGAUGGAGGUUGGCAACCAGUUCACACAGCGUCUGGAGGCCAUGUUCAAGGACAUGACCAUCUCCGAGGACCUGACGUCGAGCUACAAAGAACAUGUCCGGCAAUCCAGUGACCCCGACCAGAAGAAGGUGGAAUUGGAUAUCAACGUGCUCACCAGUACGAUGUGGCCGAUGGAGAUCAUGUCCAACGUGCGAAGCGAAGACGUCCAGCUUUCCUGCAUCUUCCCCAAGGAGGUAGAAAGCGUCAAGCAAAGCUUCGAACAAUUCUACCUGGGCAAGCACAAUGGUCGUAAGCUGUCGUGGCAAGCCAGCAUGGGCACAGCCGAUAUCCGCGCGACGUUUCAACGAUCGAAUGGCAAGACCCAGCGCCACGAGCUGAAUGUCUCUACCUACGCCAUGAUCAUUUUGCUGUUGUUCAACGACGUGCCCGCGGGCGAGUCUCUCACCUACACCGAGAUCCAGGCCCAGACGCGUAUUCCUGACCACGAUCUAAUCCGCAACCUGCAAUCGCUUGCCGUGGCGCCCAAGACGCGAGUCCUCAAGAAAGACCCGAUGAGCAAGGACGUCAAGCCCACCGAUAAAUUCUUCUUUAACCACGACUUCCAGAGCCCGUUCAUGAAAGUCCGCAUUGGCGUAGUCAGCGGCAGUGCCAACAAGGUCGAGAACCAAGAUCAGCGAAAAGAAACCGAGAAGAAGAUGAGCGAAGAACGCGGCGCCAGCAUCGAGGCAGCUAUCGUCCGAAUCAUGAAACAACGCAAGACUCUCAUCCACUCGCAACUAAUGAACGAAGUACUCACGCAACUAUCCGCGCGAUUCGUCCCCGACGUGAACAUGAUCAAAAAGCGCAUCGAGAGUCUCAUUGACCGCGAGUAUCUGGAACGGGUGGAAGAAGACCCCCCUACGUACGGAUACGUCGCGUGACGUGCCAGCAGCAGCAGCCUGUUUCUUCUCUUCGCAACGGUUUCUUUCGUCUUUUCUCUGUGGGCGUUGAUCUCAUACGUGAGAGCAUGAUCUUGGACUUAGCGACGACGGCGCACGGUGGGAUAUGAAUGGAUCCGAUUAGCCAUAGAUCUUUGUCUUGUCAUACUAGUAUCUUAGGUAUAUGGUAUGCAGCGGAGUGCGAGGGAGUAGUUUGACGAGUGAUGGUAUUGAUAUGACAAUGGCAAGACUUAGUAUCUC